AUGCGCACAGCGUGCCUCAGGGCGGCAAGCUCUGCCACCAGGCUCGCUCGUUCUACACGCGUUGCCCAGGUCCCUCGUCCUACGCUCGCCAAAUGCACACAGCGAGCAUACGUCAGCUCUGGUCAGCAGUUCCGGGCUUUUCAGCAGGCCGCAGCUGUCCAGCCCGCUGAGGAUGUCUUCGAGACGCCAAAGCAGAGCACCGACUCUGCAAAGCCCACAGACGCACUGGACACGUUUCCACGCAGACACAUUGGCCCUUCUGCCGAGUCGGCAGAGGCUAUGCUCAAGGCGCUCGACCCGCCCGUAGGCAGCUUGGACGAGUUUGUGCGCCAGGUCAUUCCUGCAGAGAUUCUCAACAACCGCGAACUCAGCGUUGGAAAGCUCUCGGACCGCCACGGUGCAGACUGGCAGGCAAACGGCGUGCCUGAGUCCGUCUUUCUUAAGAAUGCAAAGCGAAUCAUGGGGCAGAACAGGCCGGGAAAGAGCUUGAUCGGUCAGGGCUACUACAACACCAAUGUUCCUGAGGUCAUCAAGCGCAAUGUGCUCGAGAACCCUCAAUGGUACACCAGCUACACUCCGUACCAGCCUGAGAUCAGUCAGGGUCGCCUGGAGUCGCUUCUUAACUUCCAGACCAUGGUCACCGACCUGACCGGUCUCUCGAUCGCCAACGCCUCACUCCUCGACGAGCCCACAGCCGCUGCUGAGGCCAUGACUAUGUCUCUUGGUUCGCUGCCAGGGCCGCGCCAGAAGCGUCCCAAUAAGACCUUCCUUGUUUCUUCGACAUGCCACCCUCAGACCAUACAGGUCCUUCGCUCACGUGCUGAAGGAUUCGGAAUCAAGAUCGAGGUCGCAGACGUACUGGCGGACAACAGCAAACGUGUGGAGGAGCUCGGACAAGACCUUGUCGGUGUUCUGGCACAAUAUCCUGAUACCGAUGGUGGUGUGAGCGAUUACCGCGGUCUCGCAGAGAAGGUUCAUAAGCAGGGUGCGCUUCUCAGCGUAGCUUCUGAUCUCCUUGCCCUUACGCUGCUCACUCCCCCGGGAGAGUUCGGCGCAGACAUUGCUUUUGGAAAUGCCCAGCGUUUCGGUGUGCCUCUUGGGUUUGGUGGUCCUCACGCCGCAUUUUUUGCGAGCGUUGACAAGCACAAGCGCAAGAUCCCUGGACGUAUCAUCGGUCUCUCAAAGGACAGGCUGGGCAACCCAGCAGCGCGUCUUGCCCUGCAGACACGAGAGCAACAUAUCCGCCGUGAGAAGGCCACUAGCAACGUCUGCACCGCGCAAGCCCUGCUUGCUAACAUGAGCGCCAUGUACGCUGUCUACCAUGGACCCAACGGUUUGACGCAGAUCGCGAAGCAGGUCGUGGCAAAGACCAGGCUUGUACAGCAGGCACUCAUCGAUGCUGGAUACAAGACUGGUACACGCGCGAAGCUUGACAAUGCCCCAGCUGCAUUCGACACUUUCGUAGUGGAGACAGGCAACAACACCGAGUUGCUGAUCGCCGAGCUGGAACGCAACGAGAUCCUUGUGCGUAAGGUGGACGACAAACACAUCGGUCUGUCUUUCGAUGAGACGACCACUUCUCAGACAAUCUCUGCACUGCUCAAGGGCCUCACCAACGACAACGCCAAGGUCGACUUUUCUCAACAUGUUGCAGUUGAGGCGCCAGAGGGAUACAAGAGAACUUCUGAAUUCUUGACACACCCCGUCUUCAACUCCCACCACUCUGAGACCGAGCUUUUGCGCUACAUCAAUCACCUGGCUUCCAAGGAUUUGUCUCUUGUUCACUCAAUGAUCCCUCUUGGCUCCUGCACAAUGAAACUGAACGCAACAUCUGAGAUGGCUCCGGUUUCUUGGGAGACCACGGGCAACCUGCACCCAUUCCUGCCUCUUGAGCGCGCCAAGGGCUACCUUGAGAUGAUCAGUCAGCUCGAGAGCGAUCUUGCUGAUAUCACUGGUUUUGAUGCUGUUUCGCUGCAGCCCAACUCCGGUGCUCAAGGUGAGUUCGCUGGUCUUCGUGUCAUUCGCAAGUACCUCGAACAGCAGCCUGGCAAAAAGCGCGAUAUCUGCUUGAUUCCCGUUUCUGCUCACGGUACCAACCCCGCCAGUGCCGCCAUGUGCGGUAUGCGUGUUGUGCCUGUCAAGUGUGACACUGCUACCGGCAACCUCGAUAUUGCCGACCUUAGAGCUAAGUGCGAGAAGCACAAGGAUGAGCUCGGCGCUUUCAUGAUCACCUAUCCCUCAACCUUUGGUGUCUUCGAGCCUGCUGCAAAAGAAGCCUGCGAUCUUAUUCACCAGUACGGCGGUCAGGUCUACAUGGACGGUGCCAACAUGAAUGCCCAGAUCGGUCUUUGCUCACCUGGCGAGAUCGGCGCUGAUGUUUGCCAUCUCAACCUUCACAAGACCUUCUGUAUUCCUCACGGCGGUGGCGGACCGGGCGUCGGACCUAUUGGUGUCAAGAGCCACCUUGCUCCUUUCCUGCCCGGUCACUUGAGAAACGAGACUGGUGGCGCGCAGGCUGUCUACCCCAUCUCUGGUGCCCCUUGGGGCAGUGCCUCCAUCUUGCCCAUCUCAUGGGCCUAUAUCAAGAUGAUGGGCGCUGUCGGUCUCACACAGGCCACAAAGAUUACCCUACUCAACGCCAACUACAUCAUGUCUAAGCUCAAACCCCACUACCCCAUCUUGUACACCAACGCUGAAGGCCGCUGCGCUCACGAGUUCAUCCUCGAUGUCCGUGGCUUCAAGGAGACUGCCAGUGUUGAGGCUAUCGACGUUGCCAAGCGUCUUCAAGACUAUGGCUUCCACGCCCCGACCAUGAGCUGGCCCGUUGCCAAUACGCUCAUGAUCGAACCUACUGAGUCCGAGAGCAAGGUCGAGCUCGAUCGCUUUUGCGAUGCUCUGAUCUCCAUCCGCAAGGAGAUCAAGGAUAUCGAGGACGGCAAGCAGCCCAAGGGAGCCGGAAACAACCUGCUUACAAACGCUCCUCACAGCCAGCAAGAUCUUAUUGUUGGUAACUGGGAUCGCUCGUACAGCAGGGAGGACGCUGCGUACCCAUUGGCAUAUCUGAAGGAGAAGAAGUUCUGGCCCAGCGUCACCAGGCUCGAUGAUGCCUACGGUGACACAAAUCUCUUCUGCACAUGCGCUCCUAUGGAGCAGGAUGGCGGCGACAUUACCGGUGCUGCCGCACCCAACCCCACCUAA